AGGUCCCUGGUCCUUGGAAGAGAUCAGCUUUUCUCUGCUCCCUAGGCAGGGACACCAUUGGAUGACUGAUCUCUUCCAGGGACCAGCAUUUAGGGGAACGAAUCCACUGAGGGAUUCCCAGGCUUGGGCUGGUGUGUCCUGCUGUCUUCCCAGCAGAGGAGCUAGGAAUGAGUGAAGUAGGGAGGAGAGCCUCCAGGGUGGCUGGCUGGGGAUCACUUGGACCAGGAAUCAGAAAAAAGGGGACUUGAUAGGGUUUUUGGAGGAAAGCACUGUUCAACUCUGUCUGUUUCACAUUAUGUGCAAAUUCACUCUCAGUAGUAUUGUGGAAUUCAGUAAAACCCCUUGCAAAUUGCAUGCCUUGACAUGUUCCUCAAGGUUACCAAGGUCCUGGUUACAGUGACACGGUUCUGUCAGAAAUUCUCUUCUGGUAUCUUACCAUCUCAGUAUGUGUGCCUUUGUGUGCGAAAAAUUGGUGGGAGGCAACUCUGGGGCUCACGAGUAUAUAGAUUUGGGGGAUGUCUGUGUUCUCACCUUUUCCUCAUGUCUCAGUUAAUAUGUUCUGAAUAUCUUCCUGGUCCAUGAAGUGAGACGGAACACGGAAACUGAAACUGAUUCUGUGUUACAUAUAUACAAUCAAAUUAUAAUUAUACUCUUCGAUGAAAAUGUUGUUCAUGCAGCCGGAUGUGACUGUUUGUAGUGGCCUGGAGGACUUUAGGAUAUUGUGGCCAGCUGGAUCUUGUAACAUUUUGGAUUCUCCUGGCUUCUCAUGUUUGGGAUGGUAAUAGAAGAAAAGGCUUCCAUUUUUCCCCGUUUCUGUUGAUAAAACAUCACACACUUGUGACCCUGUGCUUCAUGGAGUGCUGUGUGCUGUGGUGGGUGUUUAAGGAGGAGAUGGAAGUUUUUCCAAAAGACUAUCCAAAAGAAUUGAUAGUCUAUUACAAAGAAUUGAUAGUCUUAACAUGGAACUGUUCUUUUAUCUGCAUAGCAUUUCUCCAAGGGGUUCUGUUCCCUGAGGGUAGAGAGACAUGGAGACUGGAAGUGAUCACAGUAAAAAUGUAGCAAUAAAGUCCCGUGUUCUUGAUGCUCUUACAUUCACGAGGAAUUGAGUGUGGCCAGAGAGGAUGGGUCUAAUGACCCAGGCAUAGAGUGAACGUUGAGAAAUCAAAGUCCCUUGUGAGUUACGAAUUGAGUAGAGAUCGCCAGUGCCGUCCGUCUCCCCCACCCUCCUGUACACAUACGUGGGAUGUUUCAGGACUCAGUGGCCUUUGAGGAUGUGACUGUGCACUUCAGCCUGGAGGAGUGGGCUCUUCUGAAUCCAUCCCAGAAGAAACUCUACAGAGACGUGAUGCAAGAAACCCUCAGGAACCUGGCCUUAGUAGGAGAAAAAUGGGAAGACCGUAACGGUAAAAGUCUGUACGAACAUCAUCAGACAAAUCUAAGCAGGCCUGUGGUUGAGAGUCCCUGUAAAAAUAAAGAAGGUAGUCCGUGUGAAGAAUCCUUCAGCCAGAAUCCAAAUCAUAAGCAACUAAAGAAAACUCCUGCUGGAAUAAAGCUACGUAAAUGCAGUUUCUGUGGACAAGUCUUCAGACAUCAUUCAUCCUUUAGCAGGCACAUGAUCUCCCACACUGGCCACAAACUGUAUGAGUAUCAGGAAUAUGAAGAGAAGCCUUAUAAAUGUAAGGAGUGUGGGAAGGCCUUCAAGCAUCGCCAGUCCAUUCGAGUGCACGUAAGGACGCACACCGGAGAGAAACCGUACAAAUGCAAGCACUGCGGGAAGGCCUUUAAGCACUGCCAGUCCAUCCGAAAGCACGAAAGGAUCCACACUGGAGAGAAACCCUAUGAAUGCAAACAAUGUGGAGAAGCUUUCCGGUAUCGCCACAACUUUCAAAAGCACGAGCGAACUCACACUGGAGAGCAGCCCUAUAGAUGUAAGCAUUGUGGGAAAGCCCUCAGUUGUCUCAGUUACUGUCGAAUUCAUGAAAGAACUCACACCGGAGAGAAACCGUACGAAUGUAAGCAGUGUGGGAAAGCCUUCAGUUACGCCAGUUACAUUCGGAUCCACGAGAGAACUCACACUGGAGAAAAGCCCUAUGAAUGCAAGAAGUGUGGGAAAGCCUUCAGUUGUCCAAAUUACUUUCGAAAACACGAGAAGACUCACACUGGAGAGAAACCCUACGAAUGUAAGCAGUGUGGCAAAGGCUUCAGCUGCCCCAGAUCCUUUAGAAGUCAUGAAAAGAGACACCGGGGCGAGAAGCCCUAUGAAUGUAAAAUAUGUGGAAAGACCUACAGUUGUCCCAUCUACUUUCGAAAUCACGAAAGGAGACACAGCGGGGAAAAGUCCUAUGAAUGUAAAAUAUGCGGGAAGUCCUUCAGUUGUCCGAAGUAUUUUCGAAAACAUGAAAGAAGCCACACGGGAGAGGAGCCCUGUGAAUGUAAUGAUUGUGAGAAUAGCUUGACUCCUCUCCCCGUAUUUCAAAGACAUGUGAUAAAGCACAGCGGAGAUGGGCCUUACAAGUGUAAAGAGUGUGGAAAAGUCUUUGAUUGUCCCACUAACUUUCGAUGUCAUGAGAAGAUACACAGUGGAGAAAAGCCAUAUGAAUGUAAGGAAUGUGGCAAAGCCUUCAGUUCCUCCAUGUCCCUUCAAAACCACGAAAGAAGUCACAGUAGGAAAAAACCUCACGAGUGUAAGGAAUGUGGUAAAGCCUUCAGCUUUCCCUGUUCCCUUCAAAAACACGAGAGAAGUCAUACUGGGGAGAAGCCCUAUGAAUGUAAGCAGUGUGGGAAAGCCUUCACUUACCUCAGUUCUAUGCAAAAGCACGAAAGGACUCACAGCGGGGAGAAACCCUAUGAAUGUAAGCAAUGCGGGAAAGCCUUCAUUUAUCUCAGUUCUAUGCAAAAGCAUGAGAGAACUCAUAGUGGAGAGAAACCCUAUGAAUGUGAGCAGUGUGGGAAAGCCUUCAUCACCCUGUCCAACGUUCAGAGGCACAUGAUCAAGCACACGGGAGAGGGACCCUGUAAGUGUAAGGAAUGUGGCAAGGCCUUCGAUUGUCCUAGUUCAUUGCGAACCCAUGAACGUACUCACACUGGGGAGAAGCCCUAUCAGUGUAAACACUGUAGUAAAGCCUUCACUCGCUCUAGUUCUUUACGAAACCAUGAAAGAACUCAUAAUGGAGAGUAGCAAUGUGAAUGUAAGGAAUGUGGAAAGUUCUUCGUUCUAGUUCUUUCUGAAUACACAAAAGAACCCACACUGGAGAGGACCCUUACAAACAGAAACAAUAUGGUAAACUCUCUACUCCCUAUGAUGUUCAUGUACAUGGAAUUCAUACCAGAGAGAAACUCUCAAUGUAGGGAAAGCUGUGCAAGCUUUCAUUGACCACACAGUCUUUGGAGGACACAAAAGAGUGCUCACGGGGGAAAAAAACCAUACAAACAUAAAGAAUCAGGGAAAGCCAUCCAUGCAUUUCCAUGGGAGGCCACGGAAGAACUCACUGGAGAAUUCUGUUGAAUGUAAACAUUGUAGGAAAAUUAAUUUGCCCCAUCUUCCUAAAAAACCACACGAGAAUAUACAAGGGAUAAAUACCUUAUAAAUGAAAAAUAAAGGAAGCUUUUUAAUUUAAAAAGAUAUGUUCAAAGUCAUUUGAAAACCUGCAUUGUAAAGAAACAGUGUAAGUAAUAUGGGUAAGCCUGAUGCAAAUUACUGUACAAUAAAUGCUCCCCCAGAUUCAC